CCGGCCGACGAAUUUUCUAUUCCACCGCCACACCUCUACAUGGAACCUGCGUUAUUGCAGGCACUACAGGAACGGAAAGUAAUUAUAACCAACAACGCCAAGUCCGGAGAUGCAGAAGACGCGAACGGUAUCAGCGACAGCGAUAGUGACGAUGAAAGUAGUAGUACUGGUAGCAGCGAGGACGACGCAAGGAGAGACGGUGAAGAUGCUGAGGAGAUGAGUAGAAGGCUUGGGGAACAGCUUUGGGAGGAUAUAACAAAUGCGAAGGCAUUGGAGGCCGCCUCUGGUUCUGCUCCUCCUACAAGUGAAGAAAUCGCGCCAGCCACAAAUCCACCACUUUCAGUUGCUCCCGCAGCUGGUUCGAGAUCUCAGAAACAAGAAUCCGUUAUUGGAACAGUCAGGACGAUUUUAUCAUUGUUGGAGAAAGAUCCGGUCGCUCGUUCUACUUUGGCCUCAACAACCGCGUCGUUACCCACCUCCGUCAGCGUUCUUGACGCAUUGAAGGGUAUACUCGCUGUGGGGAGUGUGGCUAAAGAUGUCGCUGGAGGCCUUAGUCAAAGUCUUGUCGCGCUAGCGCGAAGCGAACGUUUGUUUGGGAAGCUUCGUCAGUCGAAUGAAUCAUCUAAUCUGGGCAAGCGUAAACGGAACCACGAGCAGGACGAAAGUACGAAAACACUAGAAGCUUCACCCAAAAAACGAGCACUGUCUUCCUUUGAUCUGUACGGAACAGUAUCUGAAGCUGUUCGUGUCGUUGUAGCCACUCUCCAGAGUUCCAUUGGAAAGGGUCCUGACCGGUCCCUUAUAUCUUCCUUGCAACUUCCUUUACAUCAAAUCUUCUUGUUCGCGGUGACGUCCUCAGCACGAGGCGGACCCGAAAAUAGUAUGUUACAGGAGAUUAGCGGACUCAUCCAAGUCCUCGCCAUAUUAAGCGGCAUCACAAUCGGCCAGAUCCCCGACAAGCAGGAUAUUGGUACCGCGGUCUAUCCAUGCAAGGUAGCUGGUUGUAAAAAGACGUUUACGCGCCUGUUCAGCCUUCGCACCCAUGAACGUGUCCAUUCCUCAGAUCGUCCUUACGUUUGCGAUGUAUGCCCGGCUUCCUUCGUCCGCAGCCACGACCUCAAACGACAUCGCCGAGUACAUGGGGGUAAAGUGUGGAAAUGCGUUGGCUGCAAUAAAGCAUUUUCACGACGGGAUGCAAUCAAACGACAUAAGAACGUUGCCGAAACUCGGGGUCCUAGAAGUGAGGCGUGCGCUGGGGCCGAGCCUGUGCAAAUCGAUACCGAUGAUCCUGAGGAAGAGAAACCAGAAAGGCGAUGUGAACAGCUCACCAGAACUUGGGCGGAUCACGGUGCUGGCGGUGGCGGUGAAGGGGAGGAGGGGGAGAUUCCGCCUCAUAUCAUCCAGAACACUCAAGCUACAGUCCUGCAACUUCAAUACGUCCUUCAAACAUACGUUACAAACGCAUCAGGAACCUCAGCCUCGUUUACUUCUGUACCGAUGCCCGCCGAUCCUGCAGUUGGACAGGCUACCUUGGCUAGCGUGAUCGCGAGGGCACAAUCUCACAAUCAAGCUGCACCAAGUGAGGUCCAUGAUCUGGCUCGCGCUACGCCGUCUUCGGAUGGAGCACCUAACACGAACACGGCUGCUACUGCAGAAGGUGAUGCCACUACUCGUCCAUCGUUAUCACUCUAUGGAUUGUCGGAAGAGCAGGCCAAGAUGCUCGAAGAAGCGAUCACCAAUGCUGCUCUUGCCGCACAAGCACAAGCUGAAGCCGAGGCGGCCUUGGAAGAAGAAGAUUCGGAUGACUCUGACUCUGGCGGCGAUUCGGAAGCUAGCGAGGAUGAGAAUGAGAGCAAAUCUAUGUUGCCAACAUCACAAUAAUGAUACAAUAGGUUACAACACGUGCGAAGUAAUAAUCAGGGUGAUCUAGGGCAAUGGCAGAUUUAUCGCUUCGAAAGGACAAGAACAGAGGAAGGGGAUACUCACCACGGCACGCCCUACGACGACCACAGUGUCAUAACUUGUUCCGACGGUCUCUGAUAGUCCGUGAUCCCGAAAAUUUUCGUUUCAUGUUGGCAUGGAUUCGCAUCCAUCGCGCCUUACUUUCCUCUGACUCUCUCUUCCAUGCCUCUGCGAUCACUUCCGCAGGAGAUAAUAUUUUCGAUGUUGGAUGGGGAGGAGUCUUGAGUUUCUGCGACGAUGUACGCCGUGGUGAUGUGGGUUUGGACUGGAGUGAAUUCAUUUGGUGGUUGUUCGUGGGGAUGAGGGAAUUCAUUCACGAAUGGUAGAAGGAGCGAAAAUGGAGGGAGUAAUCAGUUAAAUGGGUCGUAACGGGCUCGUGAGUUGAUGGGAGAAAGAAUUUACCAAUUGGUUGAACAUCCAUUUUUAAGAUGCCAUGCCUUCUAACAGGAGACACUGCAUUCUUAAAUCAACAUCUGAAACCCUGAACCUGGAGAAUUAUUCAAUAAUUCCUCGUAGGAUCACUCACCGCCGGGAGAGAAUACAAAGGAUACUCUAUAACAGGAAGGUUGAAAGAGGAACCUGUAGGCACCUGGCUCUCGGAAAGGUUCGGAGAGCCUAGCACUUUGUCUGUUGGGGGCGGGUGUAGAGAGUGCGGCCCAGAAGUGGAAGAUUAUUUUCUCAAAUCCUCUUUCGACGAAUUUCCGGAAUCCGUUACCGGUUGGUAAAUAAUAAACGCAGGGAAGCCGCGCGACAAAAUUACGCUCCGAAGGCACACAAUUACGUAACUCUAUUACCUCGACAACCCAAAGCAGGGGACCUCGGCUCUUCACUGCGAUUAAAACAUGUUCGAACAAAGGUGCCGGAUAGCCUCGUUGUAUUCGCGAGGCUUCUGAAACACGCCAUGUGCAGUCACCUUGGUUGCAGUGGCUUGCAGAAACACCCUUUUGACGACCCACGUCUUGUCCUCGUGUGCUUUGACCAGAAAAGUUACAUCUGUCUUUCAGGUCCCAGGAAAUAUUGGAACGCAUGUUGACGGUGAGGUCUUGAUGCCUUGAGGCUUCGAGGGUAAUCAGAUGGUAACUGGCUUGACGUCCAGAUAGAGCGUAUCUGGGCGGUCAGAGGGCAUGCAGUGCGUAGCGCACCUUAGAGUGACUGUCCGUUCUGAAGCAAAUGAGGGUCGUUCGAGUCCCAUUGCACUGUUCGGCGCCGGCCGUUCGUGCGUAAACGCAUUCUCUACCCU